CUCCCUUGUUUUCAAGUUUACAAUUUAAUUUGGUUUGUUUGUUUGGUGUAAUUCACCCAAACCCUCUAGGCUAGAGUGUUACAUGUAGCUAUUAGAAAAUGCCAUACAUGAUACAAGGUGAAUGUGCCAUACAUUUCAUCCUGUUCUUCUGUAUAUCUACUGCAUGUGUGGGGUUGUAGCCAUGGUAACAUGGUUGCCCCGGAGAGUACGGAGGAAAUUGCGAGGUGGUUCAGACUGGGUGUCAACACUUUACUACACCCUCUUUUACAACUACUUCACAUCUUUAUACGUUGCUCUAGAAGUCAUGCUUGAGCCACUGUUUUGGUUUGUGGAGAAGUUUGCUAAAUACCUUGGUCCAGUGUUUGUUACCUUGGUAGUGGUUAUGACAACGUCUGUGGUUACGAUAUUCUAUGUGUGCCUUUUGCCCCAUGUAUACACCACCAGCCUGCCCUGGACCAUUUUCCACCUGAUAUUCGGGCACUGGCUGCUGGUGAACAUUGUCUUUCAUUACCUGAUGGGAGUGUUUUCACAACCGGGUACACCACCACCACAAAAUGUUCCUGAGAUAGUAUCAGUGUGUAAAAAGUGUAUUUCCCCGAAGCCUCCCCGCACCCAUCACUGUACCAUAUGUGGAAAAUGCAUACUCAAGAUGGACCAUCACUGUCCAUGGCUGAACAACUGUGUUGGCCACAAUAACCACCGCUAUUUCUUCCUGUUCUGUGUUUACAUGUGGAUGGGUACGAUCUAUGUCAGCUGGGUUGGACAUGACCUCUUCAGGCAGCAUUUCUAUGGAGACGAGCCCACAGCAUUCCCACCCUUGUUCUAUCCACUGAAUGCCAUCCACGAUGCCAUAUACAGGUCGAAUGAUCCAGCAAAACCAAUGUCAAUUAUCAUCAAUCCAAAUCCACCUCCAAAGGAAAACUACAUAGAGCAUUACUACCACAUAGCAGUACUGUAUGAGUUUAUCCUGUGUUCCGGGGUCACCCUGGCCCUGGGGCUGCUCAUGUUGUGGCAUGCCAGGCUUAUCUCCAAGGGUGAGACCAGUAUCGAGGUGCACAUCAAUAAUACACAGAGAAAGAAGUACAAGAAGAAAAACUUGGUUUACAGAAACCCAUAUGACUAUGGUUUAAAGAAAAACUGGAUGGUGUUUUUAGGUUUCCACAGCUGUAGGACAUUUAUAUGUAAGGUUCUGCUGCCAUCCACCCAUCCACCAGAGGGAGAUGGACUGAUCUGGUCUAGAGCUUCCUACAAGUUUAAGCAAGACAAAGGGUUGCAACUCUUGUGAUGACAGUUAUACAAAGGGCUGCAACUCUUGUGAUGACAGUUAUACAAAGGGCUGCAACUCUUGUGAUGACAGUUAUACAAAGGGCUGCAACUCUUGUGAUGUCAGUUAUACAAAGGGCUGCAACUCUUGUGAUGACAGUUAUAUAAAGGGAUGCAACUCAUAUGCCAAGGAAUACGAAGGGAUGCAACUCUUGUGAUGAUAGUUGUAUGUUUGCAAUACUUUUGAUAACAGUAAUAUGAAUUGGUGCAACUCUUAUGGCAACAGUUUAUCAAAGAGCUUCAACGCUGUAUAGUAUGCAUCUCUGUGUGACAUCAUUUUUUAGAAGGACUUAAAAGGUGCUUUUGAACUCUUUGAAAACUGUAAAAACAUGUUGAGAUUUAAGGAAGGGUUUGACAUAUUUUUACAUGGGGUGGUAAUUCUUGAGCCACCAUCUGAUUAAUUAUGUUGAAAGGAGCCUUAAUCUUAACAUUUAAAUAGUGCAUUCUCUGCUCAGCUUGUUUGAUUUGUUUAUAUUUACAUCACCAAUGAAGAAAUAGAUAACAGGUUGAAUUAGGCCUUUUGAGCAAUUUUUGGUUCAAGCGAAAUCAAUAAACAAAAAUUGGAACCUCUAGGAUAUGUUUAAAUGCAUCCGAAUGCUGGUAUUGCCUACCAACUAGAUAUUAACUAAAUGUCAAAAGAAACAUAAGUUACGGUAGUUUGAAUUUUUGUUCUUUAUUUAACUGAAAUUAGACAUGAAAUGACUCAUAGUUCAAUCUCCCAAAGUUAAAAAAUCUUGUUUCCAAUCGUUUCUUGGUAUAAUAUUUAGGCAUUCUUUUUCUAUUCAUACAAACCCUGCAAGUCAUAUCAAAAUAAUACAGGUUCACCAGUCAUCCACCAUUCACAUAAUUCUACAUUGGAUACCAUGCCAAAUUAUUUAAACUAGCGAUAGUGCUGUGAUUGCAUUUAAUCUAUUAAUCGUCGAUGGAUGCCAACAAUCGGUAAAUAUCGAUUGAGGUCAUCUAUGAUCAGUUUUCUCCAAACAUUAUUUUACGUAAAAAAACAUUAAAUACACAUGUAUAAUAUCAUGUACCAUCAGUAGUUGAGGGAUAACAUGAUAUAUCCAAGUUGGGGGAUAUGAUUGUACGAAAAAUAAUUCAAUUUUUAAGUUUAUUCUUUUGACAUUACAUAUUUUUACAUAAAAUAAGUAAACAAACAAAUCAUGAAUAUAAGGCAUAGAACUUUUGGAAAUAAACAUUCUAUUUACAUUAUAUUAUUAAGUUUGGAAAUUUGCUUAUGAUUAUAUCCAAUUUGAUGAUAGAUAAAGAUUGUCCAAUAUAAUUUAAUUAUUGAUGAUGAAAUUUGUCCCAUUAUACGACACUCAUUUAAAGUCAACACAGUUACCAGCCUCUGAUGCCUAUAGAGUAUUUUCUUAAAUGCACAUCCAGAGAACUAUUUGGUUCUUUUUUCUUCUCUGUAAAAUUAAUUUAUAACCUACCGGGUAUUAAUGUUGAUUUUUCAAUAAAAAAUCAGAAUGCUUUUGAUUACUUCAAAGCUGUUGCUAAUGGCUGCAAAUUCAAAUUCUGUCGCAUUAUAUAACACUAUUAACAGUAUACCAUUACCAAAUAUUCUAAAAUCCUGUUUAUUUUAAGCUCACAUAUAUAUAUAUUUGAAUAUUGUGCUUUAUGUGUGUAUAGUUGAGACACAUUAACAUGUGUGUUAUGGCCUGAUGUAGGCAUACCUGAGUGCCAAACUCGGUAAUGUGCAAUACGAGAUAGUUCAAUGUACCAGGCAGUGAUUGUACAAUGUGUUGAAAGUGUUUUUGCUGUAAUUGUUUUAAAAUGUAUGAUCAGUGUCACGUUAUGAUAACGAGUUUUUAAUAUGUUUGUUUAUGAUUUAUUUUAAAAAAUAUAUUUCUUUCAGCUAUUAUUUCAGCUAUUAAUUAUAUCAUAUAAGCCUGUAAGCUUGUUUGCUUUUGGAAGAAAUUAAGUUGUGGUAGUAUCAAAGUCUUUGGGUCUGUGUCGUCUUCGGCAGUGUGCUAAACCAUAAACCUAGGCCAUUGUUCAAGAUAAUAAAUGUAACUUUGUACACAUGUUGCCAGAGACAAUACACAGAGUCAUCUUAAGCAAGGCUAAAUACUUUGGUGACUUUGAAUCAUUGUUGAGUUUUCCCCUUUUUCUGACAGAAACACAAUAGAUGAGUGUCUGCAUUCACUCUGUGGCACUCUUGUUUUAAAUUUCACCUUUGUAUUGACAAAAUCAUUAUUUGGUGUGUGAUACCAAUUUGUCUUUUACAUUUUAGACAUAUUUUUUCACCUUAUUGAUUUUGUGAAGCUUAUAGUAAAAGGCUAGAAUGAAUGUAUUGAAAUGUCGUUUGUUGGCUAUAAACCAUCUACAUUAUAAAAUGUAAUCCUUCAAAAUCCAUUACUUAGUAUACAUGUGUAAUUCCAGACUGCUAGUUAGUCAUUUUCAGUAUUUUUGUAUACAUUAAAGAUAUAAUAUUAAACUUGUUCUUUGUGCUGAUUUGUAAUUUCAUUAUGUUUCAAAGUGUCAGACAGACUGUAGUUUGUUAUAUACAUUGCCUUCUUGUAUUGAAAGCAUAAUUAUGUGAGGUUUACAAGAUCUGGAAUACAUUAAGUACUGAAUAGGAGAUUAAGUCUGAUUUUUUUCAUAAACAGGGAGACAAUUGUUUUUGCUCGAGUUUUCUGCCCUUCCGUCUGAACAUCACAAAUCGUGUCCACUCCAUAUCUCUGGAAGUGCUUGAAUGAUUUUUAAAUAACUUGCCACAAAUGUUCACCAUAUUCAGACAAUGUGUAGAGUGCAUAUAACAACCAGCUCAGUUCAAGGUCAAGGUCACACUUCGAGGUCAAAGGUCAUAUAACUAUAUUUGGUGUCCUCUCAAUGUUUUGAAUCGCUUAAAGGAUUUUGAA